GUUCUCCUCUCUUGUACACUCUCACUCUCACUGCUCUCGCUGAUCUCAACGGUCGGCGGUAUCGCUCUCUCCGCCGGUGCUCUCUCUUGCCGCUCUCUUUGGCAUACAUAUUUCACUUUUCUCAGCUAUAUGGGAAACAGAGGGGUUAUUGGGGAUAAAUGGUCGUCAAGAAUUCUGUGGCUUGUUGCAAUUGGAAGUGCAGCUGGCCUAUAUAUGGUUGCUGUAGAAAGGCAAACACAGAACAGACAAAAAAUGAUGGCUGAAAAGUUAAAGGCUAUGGAUUUAGACAGUGGUGAAGAAGCCUAAGUACAGACAUGUCAAAUUGUUAAUUUUAAUGCCUAUGCAGCACUUCUCCGGUUCUCCAAAUUGGGUCCUCUGACUAGUUACAAGGUGGCCUUUGGUUUUUUGCAGACCCAUAUGGGAAUGUUUUCAGAGUGAUACUUUUCACUUCCUGAGAUAAUAAAUUGUUUGUUUCACACCUUUAAAGGGCAGUUUUUUGCUCUUUCAUUUGAUCUCAAUCUUUUCAUGGCUACCAGGAGCCAGUUAUUUAGCAGGCUAUAAUUUUUUUUAAAAUUGUUUGGUGAAAUAACUUCAAUACUAAUUCUAUCCUCAAAGAGAUGUAUUUUGUUGCCUACUGUC